GGAUUUAGGGUAUGGAAAAGGAAAAUUCCAUGAGGCAUUUGAAGUUUUGGAUGAGGAGGAUGGAGACAGGGACAGAUGUCCGCAAACCUACCCGCCUUCCUGAGUCACCACCAUAACCAAACAAAGCUCCAACCUUUUUCUUCCACAUUCAACCCAAAAGCCACCAAUGGCUCAGCCAUUUAUAAUUGAGCCAUGCUUCUUUCCCUCUUCUCUUCUUCUGUAACCAACUCUGCUCUCAUUUCCUCCCUUCUGCUAACCCCUCGACGAACUUCCCCUGCUUCUCCCUUCUUUCUCAGAAAAGUCAUAACCAGAGUUAUCUCCUUCUGCAUCACAACUUCCACCAUGUCCGUUAACUUGCAAGCCCAUGCCUUCGCCGGAAACCCUCUGAGAUCCACUAUUCCCAAGCCUGGCGACCCGUUUUCCCCAUCCUCUGCCCUCGAAACCCUCAGGAGCCGGCUCAUGGAGAGUACCAGUAGCAACCAGUUGAUUUCUCCUAGUUUCCAAGUUUUGCCCUUCAGGAAGGGCCGGCCUCUGGCUUCUUCCGUCGAUGGGGACGGCGGCGAUGCUUCGGGGCCAAAUUGGCAUCUGGGAUGGAUUGGUCUUGCUAAUUGCAGAGGGUAUCUGGCUAAGUCUGGAGUUGAAUUGACCGCCGAGAGCUUGGUGUUUCUGGGUUUCAUGCCUGAUGAGGAUGUAGUUUACUGGGCAAUUGAUGUUUCUAGUGAUAAUAGUUUGGUUCCUGAAUUGGGUGGGAAACGACUCUGUUUUGUGGAGUUGAGAACUCUUAUGGUGGCUGCUGAUUGGACUGAUGAUCGCGCCAUGGCGGAUUUGGCCAUUGCUGGUCAUGCAAGAGCAUUGCUAGAAUGGCAUAAGCUAAGUCGUUUCUGUGGAUCUUGUGGAGCAAAUACUGUCCCUGCCGAAGCUGGCAGAAGGAAACAAUGCUCGAAUGAGACAUGUAAGGCGAGAGUCUAUCCUCGUAUUGAUCCGGUUGUGAUCAUGUUGGUUAUUGACAAAGAGAAUGAUCGAGUCCUUUUGAGCAGACAAUCGAGAUUUGUACCUCGAAUGUGGAGUUGCUUAGCUGGUUUUAUAGAGCCUGGAGAGAGCUUAGAAGAGGCUGUGAGGAGAGAAACUUUUGAAGAGGCUGGAAUUGAAGUAGGAGAAGUUGUCUAUCAUAGCUCUCAGCCAUGGCCUGUUGGCCCAAACAGCAUGCCAUGCCAACUGAUGGUUGGUUUCUUUGCUUAUGCAAAGACACUGGAAAUCAAUGUCGACAAAACCGAGUUAGAAGAUGCGGAAUGGCACAGCCGAGAAGAAGUACAGAAAGCACUGUCUUUAGCAGAGUACAAGAAGGCACAAACAACAGCAGCAGCCAAAGUAGAGCAGAUGUGCAAGGGUGUCGAAAAAGGUCAGAGCUUGUCUGCAGAUUUCAAUGUAGAAAGCGGUGAACUUGCUCCAAUGUUCUUCCCUGGCCCUUUCGCAAUUGCUCAUCACCUCAUCUCUUCGUGGGUCAACGGCAAGUCAACCAUCGGUGUUGGUGGGAGACAACCCAGUACUUCUCUCUCAAAUCUAUAGCGCCCUUCUUCUCAUCAUUCCCAGAAAUCCAUCACCUAAAGAGCUUCACUGGCUGGCUCUACUGUAUAUUAUAGCGUUUGUGCAAAUAAUGUUUUGCAAAAGAGCAGAUUGUAUCAGCACCCUUUUAUUUUCGAUUCGGGAUGAUGCUUUCUGGAACAAUGGCUUCGAGUGUAUUUGAUUGAUUUGUUGUACCAACUGUCAUCAACCAACUGAAUCAAAACAGUCUAUGUAUGUUUGUAUGUUCAUUCAUAUAGCAAAGAUGGAUUGUACCAACUGUGAUAUAUUCUACGUUAUGCUCCUUUUUACUC